AUGUUAUCAGAGACAUUUGUUUGUUUUGAUAAUUUAUUAAAGUUACCAAAUGAAAAAAUAAUAAGAAAAAAUAAAAUCCUCGUCUUCUGCUUAUUGAUUAUCAUUUUAUCGAAAAAUGUCGUCGUCUCCUCACUUCCGGCAACUUUAAAAAUAGGCGCCGUUUUCACGACGAAUCAAAAGGGCGGAAGUAUCGAAAUAGCAUUUAAACAUGCCGUACAUAACAUUAAUAAAGAAAAAAAUUUAUUACCGAAUACAAAACUCGUUUACGACUUGGCCUACGUGAAUAAUAAUGAUAGUUUUCACGCAAUGAAAAAAGUCUGCAGACAAGUUAAUAAUUUAGGAGUCCGAGCCGUUUUCGGUCCGACGGAUUCAUUCAUAGGAAAUCACAUACAAUCGAUAUUCGAUGCAUUAGACAUACCUCAUUUGGAAACGAGAUUAGAUUUGGAUAAGAAAUCUAAAAGAUUUUCAAUUAAUCUUCAUCCCUCGCAAGAAUUACUUAAUAAAGCUUAUUUGGAUCUUGUCAAAUUUUUAAAUUGGACGCGAAUCGCAAUUGUUUACGAAGAAAAUAACGGUUUGGUUAAAUUAAAAGAAUUAAUCGAUGGAAAAUCCAUUGUAUUGGAUAUUUACAUGAGACAAAUACAAAAGAAUAAUUACAGGGGGAUCCUAAAUGGGAUUCGUAAUCGGGAUAUACAUAAUAUUAUUAUCGAUAUGAAAUCGAAUAAUAUUAAAUUUUUUUUAAAUGAAAUUUUUUAUUUAAAAAUGAACGAUAUUAAGUAUCAUUACGUGUUCACUAAUAUUGACGUCGAGGCCUUUCAUUUGUUAAAUUUAAAUAUAAAUAUAAUUAACGUGACGACAUUUCGUUUGAUCAACAUUAACGAUGAUGAUGACGAUGAUAAAAAAAUCAAAAACGAUUUUGAUAAUUUAAAACGUUUAAUUAAAUCGAUACGCGACGACGAAUCCGGGGAUAAUUAUUUAAAUAAUAAUCAAAUCUCAAAGACGGAACCGGCUUUGAUUUACGAUUCGGUUUACGUUUUUGCAGCUGGUCUGCAAGCGUUCGACGGAAAUCAAUUAUCAUCAUCAUCAUCGCCAUCAUCAUCAAACGUUUCUUGCGAAUCUGAAAUACCAUGGAACGAAGGAUUAAGUUUAAUCAAUUACAUAAAUUCCGUUGAAUUAAAAGGUUUAACGGGACCGAUUGAAUUUAAAGAAGGAGAAAGAGUUCAAUUUAAAUUAGAUUUAUUAAAAAUUAAUUCUAAAAAAAUCAUCAAAGCCGGAGAAUGGACCCCCAAUGGGGGUCUUAACAUAACAAACAAAUCAAUUUUUUUUCAUCCGAUCGAUACGAAUGUUACGCUCGUCGUGACAACGAUAUUGGAACAACCCUACGUCAUGAUGAAAACAAAAACAAAUUCGAGUUUCGCAUUGGAAGGUUUUUGCAUCGAUUUAUUAGACGCCAUUGCAAAUUUAGUCGGUUUUAAAUAUAAUAUUAGUUUAGUACCCGAUGGAAAAUAUGGCGUUUACGAUUAUAAAACCGGAGAAUGGAAUGGAAUGGUACGUCAACUCAUUGACAAGAAAGCGGAUUUGGCCGUCGGUUCCAUGACCAUUAAUUACGCACGUGAAAGCGUCAUCGAUUUUACAAAACCUUUUAUGACGUUGGGGAUAAGUAUACUUUUCAAGGUACCCAAAAAUCAAGCCGCACAAUUAUUUUCAUUUAUGAAUCCUCUCGCUCUCAACAUUUGGUUUUACAUAUUCGCCGCAUACGCAUUGGUAUCAUUAACCCUUUUGAUUGUUGCUCGUCUCAGUCCAUACGAAUGGCAAAAUCCUCACGUUUGUUCUCCAGCAAACAAUUACGUCAUCAAUCCGUUUACGAUGGGCAAUUGUUUUUGGUUUACAGUUGGAAGUUUAAUGCAACAAGGAUCCGAUCUUAAUCCUAGGAGCACUUCGACGAGGAUAGUCGGCGCCAUUUGGUGGUUUUUCACUCUCAUCAUAAUCUCUUCUUACACGGCAAAUUUGGCGGCUUUUUUAACCGUUGAACGCAUGAUAUCCCCCAUCGAAAAUGCCGAAGAUUUAGCGAGUCAAACCGACAUCAAAUAUGGAACAUUGGAAAGCGGUUCGACCAUGGCUUUCUUUCGCGAUUCGAUGAUCGAAACUUAUCAAAAAAUGUGGAGAUUUAUGGAAAAUAAAAAACCAUCCGUUUUCGUAUCCACGUACGAAGAGGGGAUACAAAGAGUUUUGGAUGGUAAAUACGCUUUCCUCAUGGAAUCCACCAUGUUGGAUUAUAUUUUACAACGCGAUUGCAGCCUCAUACAAAUCGGUGGGAUUUUGGAUAACAAAGGUUACGGAAUCGGUACGCCAAUGGGUUCGCCAUGGAGAGAUAAAAUAUCGCUCGCCAUAUUGGAAUUACAAGAAAAAGGUGAAAUACAAAUAUUAUAUGAUAAAUGGUGGAAAAAAUUAGAAAACAUUUGCGAAAAAAAAAAAAAGAAAAAAGACACGAAAGCCAAUUCGUUGGGCGUCGUCAACAUCGGCGGGAUUUUCAUCGUUUUAAUCGGUGGACUCGCGUUCGCCAUAUUGGUCGCCAUAUUUGAAUUUUGUUAUUAUUCAAAAUGUGGAACGUCUAUAGAAAGAGUAAGCUAUUUAACGGUUUUCGAACGCUAA